GUUAUGAUCACCUUGCUGCAUCUAGUUCCAUUUCACACGCUGAACUGUCAAGAACAAGAAUUACCAAUGGACACCAGUACCAAAGCCGAACCGUACAAAAUGAGGAGACCCAUGCUCUCCCUAGAGCAGCGGUCUGAAAUCGCCCAGCACUUGGAGAGCGGAGUGUCCACGAGAAGAUUAGCCGCGGAAUUCGACAUCCACCCGACCACGGUCCGCCGCAUCCGGCGGAACGCGGACAUGGUGACGCAGUACCUGGAGGAGUUCAACCACGGCAAGAAAAAGAGACGGAAUUUACGGAAGCCGCUUCACCAAGAAGUGGACACCCGACUGCACGCUUGGGUCCUGGACCGGAAGGCCGAAGGGCAGCCUGUAACCGACGUGAUGAUGACAGCGAAAGCCGUGGAGAUCAACAAAGAACUCGGCGGGUCGCUGGAGUUCAAAGCCAGCAGAGGCUGGCUCUGGACGUUCAAGAACAGGCACCGUAUACGCAGCCACUUCCACAGAAAGAAGGCAGACCCUAACGCGGCGGUAGCGCAAGCCUUCGCCGACCGGUUCGUCCGUCAGAUAGAGGAGGAGGGGAUCGAGUACGAAAAUAUUUACAACAUGAACGAGACUGGUCUCGUGUGGAAGGCGCUUCCGCUGAAGACCAAGGUGCAAUGGGACGACCGAACGGUGAAGCUAGGCAAGCCCAACAAGGACAGAGUCACCGUAGGCUUCUGCAGCAACGCAACGGGCAGCCAUAAGCACGCACCGUUGUUCAUACACAGAUACGAGACGCCCAGGUCGCUGAAACACGCGAAGCGCAAGCUGCCGGUGAUCUACAAGUUCCAGGAGCACGCUGCGUUGGAUCGGAAUGUUUUCGUCGACUGGUACCAGAAUCACUUCAAACCGGACGUGAUGAAGUAUCAGUUGCAGAACGGCACGUGCGGAAAGGUGAUCCUCGUGUUGGACGAUUCUAGGUCGUACACCAGCGAAAUCGUCGAACAGUUCAAAGGCGACGAGAGGUUCGAGAUUGUGCUCCUACCGCCGCACAUUAGUUACUUACUGCAACCUAUAGACACCUUGAUCUCGAAGGCUAAAGAGUGUUAUCACUACAAGAUGUCGAAUCGAGUGGCGAGCGUCAGCGAAGACGUUAAGGACUUCUGCGCUAACUACGAUCUCAAGGAAUGUAUUUAUUUGUUGUACGAGGCCUGGUCCGAGAUUAGCGUCGCCGACGUAAGGGGAGCGUGGAGGUGUCUCAUAAAAGGAAUUCCGGAAGCGCUGAAAGCGGAGGAUGACUUUUUCGAGUUGAACGCGAGUCAGGGUAAAAGUGGGAACAGCGACGAGAGGGAACCGACCGACGGAGAUCUCGAUUUCGCCUCGGGACAAUUGACUAACGAUAUCGGUCUGAAAAUUAGCGAGGUGACGUCGUUGUCGAGCGAGGUGAUCGACGAAGAGAAAAUGAUCAAGGCGUUCGAUAUAUUAACGCUCUGGUCGAGAACGGAAUCGAGUAUCAUUGAAUUUAAUAUAAAGUGUUUGAAGAAUUAUUAUUAUGGACGAAGGUGACGCCUGGUAAUGCACGUUGUGACCGUGACUGUGUGAUAUAUUGUAUUAUCAGUGAAGUUCCAGAUGUGCUCUUAAUUAAUUAACUAUGAUAGUUAUUGAUAUUUGUACUAUCCGGGGAAGCUUCCUUCGAUGC